AUGUCCUUUUCAAAUAGCGGCCGCCGCCGCGACCUGGCACCCCUGCUGCAGCCACUGAACGGCUCGCCGCCGGCGCUUCAGACCAGCACGGUGCUCGCCCACAUGCAGGCGCACACCCAGCGCGCACAGGCCGCCGGCGUCAGCCCCGGGCUGCGCGCCAGCGGCGCCAACAGCGGUGCAGGCGCGGCGGGCACCGGGCCCAGCCGCUUCCCGGCCGUCGCACGCGGCGGGGCCAGGCCCGCAAUCGCGACGGCGGCGCAGCAGGCAGCGGCGGCGCGGCAAAAAGACAAAUGGGUACCCUUGCCUGAGGAGGAGGACAGCGCCAGCGACGCGGAGCCUACGGCGGCGGCCGCGGCCGCAGCGGCUGCUGCAGCGGCUGCGGCCGCCGAGCUGCAGCGGCAGAUCAGCAGCGGGUCGGCGGAGGAAGCCCUGCAGGCCAUGGCCCUGGGGCCGGGCAUUUUCGAGGACCUGCCGCAGGGGUUGGGGGGCUUUGCGCAGCCGCCCAGCAGGCGCGGCCGCAUCACGCUCUACUGGUGA